AAGAAGAAGAAGAAGAAGAAGAAGCAGAAGAAGAAGUGUAGAGAAAGUGCGUGAAAGUUCAGACCAUUGGUUCAGACGUUGUUGCUGGGUGUCCAGGGGGUGUGUGCGUAGUGUCCGUUCACCCUGAUGAUCCAGAGGGACCGUGUGUGUGGAGUUACCAACCAACAACAGCAGGGUGAAGCAGUUGAUGAAGUGAUGGAGCCAUUGGAAAAACAUGAAGAAAUCCCUAAGCCUCGUCAAGUGAAGACUGAAGACGAGGAAGUGCUGUCAAUGUUUCACAAAGAAGAAGCAGAGAGAAAAAGCAGGAGGACGCCUCGGGGAACGAAGCCGUAUUACUGCACGCAGUGUGGAAAGAGCUUCAGUGUGGCGGCGCGCUUCAGACGACACCAGCGCAUCCACAGCGGGCACAGGCCAUACCAAUGCCCCCUCUGCCACACCGGCUUCACCUCGCAAGAGAAUCUGAGCGAACACCUCGCGCACGCACACACACAAGCCAGCAGCAAACCUCACCGCUGCACUCACUGCGGCAAGGGCUUCGUACGGCCCGGGAAACUCUGCAUCCACAUGCGCGUGCACACCGGGGAGAGGCCGCACCGCUGCGCAGACUGCGGGAAGAGCUUCAAGAGCGCAGGAGAGCUGCAGAGACACACCGCUAUUCACACCGAGAUAAAAACACACCAGUGCUCGGAGUGUGAGAGCAGCUUCAGGAGAUCCACGCAUCUGCUGAGACACAUGCGCACACACAGCGGGGAGAGACCGCACCAGUGCAUGAGCUGCGGGAGACGAUACUCGCGCUCAGACCACCUGAGGAGUCACCGCUGCACACACACGCACACUGACAGCAAAACAAGGAGAGUUCAGUGCUAACACUGACCCCAUUUACGAGUUCACCAGUCGACCUAGUUUGAGUUUCCUCACAGAAAUGGAGAUAUUCUGACGAAUGCUGGAAAAACAGACACCCAUUGUAGGGAUUAAAAAUACUAUGGAAGUCAGUGGCUUUUUUUUCAGCAUUCUCCAGAAUAUCGUCAUCUGAAAGAAACUCCUUCAGGUUUACUGAGUAAAUAAUAAGAAACCUUCAUUUUGGGUCGACUGGUGCCUUAAAAUCAAUGUAAAGGAGUUUGUCUCUCAGUGUUGAGGUCUAAACUGGUGCUAGAAAUGAAGUCAGAAUUGUCAAACACAAAUCUGAAUCCUCACAAUUCUGACUUUUUUUUUUUCUCAAAAAAAGUAAAGCAGCAUGCAAUUUUGCUAUAAAAGCUUUUUUGUUUGAUUUAAUUCUGUGUCACUGUAUUCACUGGCAUUAAUAAAGUUACUUUUAUUUUUGGUUUUCA